AUGUCUCCAAAUGUCACUCUACAGGAGAGUGGUGCUGCUGCCGCCGGCCCAAGUACCAACGAUGACGUCCAGAGGGCAUCGUUAGACAUCGCCACUGUCAUCACCCCCAAAAUCGCCGAUCCAUGGACCGUUGACAAGGUCCUCGCUACAGUUCUGGGAGGGAAACCUGUCGAGGGAUCCAGCUCCCCCCUGCCCUACUUCCAUAUUCUCGAGCGGCUAAAGACCACCAAGCGGGAGGGCUGGCGACGGUUUGGAAUCAACCGGGGAGAGUCGAUCGCCGACCACAUGUACCGCAUGUCGCUAAUGUCCAUGCUUGCCCCGCCAACCCUUGCGCCGCGACUGGACCUGCACAAGUGCAUGAAGAUGUGCCUCAUACACGACAUGGCCGAAUCCCUCGUCGGAGACAUAACCCCCGUGGAUGGCGUGGCCAAGCCGGAGAAGAACCGGCGCGAGGCCGCGACGAUGGACUACAUCACGAAGACGCUGCUGGGAAAUCUAUACGGCGGGGUGGGCGCUGGCGAGGAUAUCCGCGCCAUCUGGCAGGAGUACGAGGACUCGGAGACUCUCGAGAGCCACUACGUGCACGACAUCGACAAGAUGGAGCUGCUGGUGCAGAUGGUCGAGUACGAGAAGCGCGGAGAGGGCAAGGUCGACCUCGGCGAGUUCGCAUAUGUUGCGACCAGGAUGGUACUCCCAGAGAUGAAGGCUUGGGCCGCUGAGAUCCUGAAGGAGCGCGAGGAUUUCUGGGGCGCGCAGCAGCAUGUUCACGGCGAGGAAGGUGUCGAGGGGGGCGUCCAACCGGAGAAACUGGCGAAGCAGGAUGAGUACUAUUCCAAGGAAUAA